AGUGAAGGCUCUGGGGAGCGUCUUGACUGGCGUCAAAUAAGUGUAAAAUUGCAUUUGGCGGGUAAACAGUGUCUUGAAAAAUCGUAAAGUUGUUUGUCAACAGACGUACCCGGGGCCUCUGGGUCGGUGCCGGGGGCCGGGAGCUGGAGCAGGGGCUGGUGAGAGCCUCUGGGUGCCCUGCUGGAGGAGAGAGAGGACAGGGAGGUAACAGCAAGAUUUCAUGAAUUUUCACAAGCUGCCAAGAUGCCGCAAAUAGCCUCAACACAGGAGUUGGAUGCUCGCUUCUCAGUUUUUCUCAAUCCAAUUCGAGACCUGACUAAAAACUGGGAAGUGGACAUUGCCAAGUAUUUGGAGGAGUAUUUGGAGGAAUUGGCUGAAGUGCAAAUUACUUUUGAUGGAGGGGAAACGCUGAUGAAUUUUGCUGAGGCAGCCAUGUUGAUUCAGGGUUCAGCUACGGUGUACAGCAAAAAGGUGGAAUUUUUAUGGCAGAUGGUUCUACAGAUGCUGGAUCUGCUUUCCAGUAGACGCAAUGUAGAAACUGCAGUAGCGGGUGGUAAAGAAACUGGUGGAGGGGGGAAAGCGUUACUCGACCAUUCAAUGGAUUUUAACAAGGUCGACAACAUUGGAGAGGGAAGAAACAUUGAUUUAAGGGAAGAUGAAGAUGACGAGGAAGAUUUGGAAUGUUGUAAAAGGAAAAGUUUUAAGUUCUUGCCAGCAACCCCUCUACAUUUAGUAGAAAAAGAUGGAGAAAAGUCCCAGAAUCGUGUUUCUUUACUGAUGAAAAAUGGUGAGGUGUUUGGGGCAAAAGAUGACUUCAGAAUCAAUCGGUCAUAUUUGACACCCAUGGGAAUGUUGUGCAUGGAAGUUCCAUCAGAAAUAUUACGUGAUGCAGCCCUGAGACUUUUGAAUUCUCCAGAUCCUGUAAAUGAAGGUGAUGCAGAAGCUGCAAGUGCUGGGACUUGUGCUCUUCCUGCUGAGCCACAAGCAAGUGAUGCGCUACCACAAGGGCCAGGUGUACACGAUGCAGUAGAAGAUGAUGAUCAGGGUGUUGAUGUGGACGGUGCAGCUGAUCCUGCCGACUUCUUUGAUGACCAACAACCAAUGAAUAUAGAGGAGGAGGAAGGUAGAGAAAAGACAGAUGAGGGAAAGGAAGAGGCCAAGAAUAACAACAGCCUCAAUGUCAUCGACCUUCCUAAUGGACGGUAUGGACUUAGAAAGCGAGGUGGUAACGAGAAAGAAGUGAUUGUAACGCUGAAGUUGACCGAUCCAUGGAAGCCACUAGACCCUCAUGCAGAAACUCCAGCCAAGAGGCCCGUGAGGGCGGGACGGCUGCGCAGACCACCACCGUGUGCCUGUCAUCGCCAACCACUAAUUGCUCCUAGAAGAAAGAGUAUCAAGAAAAAUGAGAAUACAGAUAACGAUAAGAAAGCUGAGAAGUCACUUCCAUCUGUAGAAUCUUAUAUAACAGGGGAGCUUGCCGGAAUAAUUGGUUCGUCAACUAAAAACCGAAAGAUACCCCCAGAACUUGCAGAGGAAGUCAACAAAGAGGUAGCUAAAAGACUUGAACUGAACAAGUGUAAAAAGGUUAAAGACUUGCUGAAAGAAGGAGCAGCAAUUGAUGUAGAGGAAGCUUUGCAGAAAGUAACAGAAGAUUUAGAAAAUAGGCAAAGAGUGGAUGAAGAGCUAGAUGAUCCUCUUGAUUGUGAUGGAGUUGCAGAUUUGGAUGUUGAUGGAGAUGACCUGCCAGCUCCACCUCUAUUUCUUCCCGAACCUCACGAUACCACAAGACAACCUGACGUUGUCAGCCAGCGACUAAGUGACAGUAAUUUUGAUGAACCUGGAAGCAAUUAUGAAGCCUUGGUACAAAAAUGGGUAGCUGAUUAUAUUACUAAUGCUCAGGAGCAUGUUACGUCCUCUUCCCUUGUGAAACGUGUGAAUAAAUGGCGUGAAAAUAUUAUGCCAAAAUUGGAUGAAGAGGAACACAGACGGCAGUUUGAUAUUCACCGAUAUGGUUCUCAGGUGUUGAGCCACUUUCCAGAAAAUGGACGUAAGCAAACGGUAUCUUUCAGUACUGUAGCGAAGGGUGUUGAAGCCUGGGAGGUGUCUAGACUCUUCCUCUCCUGCCUCAUGCUGGCAAAUACAUACAACAUAGAGUUAAGUGAAUCCCAACCAGGAGAAUUUGCCAUGGACUGUCUUGAAUUAACUCUUCUCUCCCGGGUCCGUCAUCACGAAGAACUGGAAGAAUAUGCAGCGCCGUCACAAGCUUCCCCGCCUUUACGAAAGGAUCGCAGCAAAACGAAGGUUCGACCCAAUACCCCACCUUAUGAACCUGGGGUUUACUCUGGAGAACCUCCUCCCAUCUGUGCCGACAUAACGCAGAUUACGUUAGCAGCUGAUAAUGUGCAAUAUAAAUCAAAGGAACCCACUAAAGGAAGAAGUAGAACCAAAAGAUGACCAAGAUGAUUGACUGUUUAUUCUAAGAUGCUGUUUAUAACAAGCUACAGUGCCUUAAUAGUUGGUCAUACUCUGAGAGCAGCCAAGCUUUGUCUGUUUGGAUGGCCCAAGUUUAUUUGUAUAGCAAUAUUCGUGCAGCUAAGUACACAUAUUUAAAUACAAUCUGUAAUUGGUGUUAGAACACAACCAAACUGUAUUGAUCUUUGGAAAUAUUAUUUGAGGGGGAAAAAUCUUUCUCCCUUCAUGGAGAAAUUCAAAUACGUUGAGCCAAUACCCUUUUUUAUAAUGUCCGUGCUCUCCAUAUUAUAUGUACAGUAAGUUAAGUCACUCAUAUAAAGUUAUUCUAUGCAAAGUUCAAAUGUAAAUAAUUGAAUAGAGUCUAAUUUUAUUAAUCUUAAAUAAGUUUUAAGUUAAUAGGCGGAUUACAUUUUCACAGCAGCUGCCUUUUUAGUUAAUGCACGGAAGGUAACUGGUAAAAGGAUGUGUGGUUUUAUCCUGGAAAUGUAUACUGCUGAAACAUUUUUAAGUUAACAUUACUUUAUUGUAUUAUUAAUCCCUUGGUUGCAACACUAUUUUUGUCGGCUGUAUCUGUAUUGAGAAUACACCCCCAACCUCCAGGUAUAAUUUUUCAUUUUGUAUUAAAUUUUUAGCAGAGAAGCAAUUCUUUAUUUUUGAAUAUAAAGUCUGGUUCAGGUGACCUAUCUCUCUAAAGGUAAAUUUACCUAAAGGUAAAUUUUGUGUUCGCAAGCCAUUGUCACUCAAUACUGUGUAGCCAAUAAUCGUAUUUGUCAGACGGAAAAUUAGAUGGGGGUAGGACAGGAGUCCUUUUUACAUAUUAGAAAUGUAAUCAAACAGGAAAAAAUAAAAAUGUAUGCUAUUUCUAUGGAUAACAUUAAAAUAUUAUAUUAAAUAAAAAUGGCAUUUUAAAUAUGAAGAGGGAACAUAAAAUAAGUUAUACCUUAUAAAAUAAGGUAUAACUUAUUUUAUAAGUUAUAAGAGAGGCAGGACCAAAGAGCCAGAGCUCAACCCCCGCAAGCACAACUAGGCGAGUAUAUUCUCUUCCAAGUGUUGAUCGAUAUUGUCAAGCGCAACCAAAGGGUUCAAAUACAGUACAGGUACUGAUUCAUGUAUUUCAUUUAGUUACUUAUAUACUUGUAUCAUGAUUACUGUGUGUAUAAAUAUGUAUGCUUUUCCACUUGCAUGGUUUACCUUAUCUGCCUAUCUGUAUAUACAGUGUUUAUAUAAAGUAUUUUAUAUAUUGAAUGCAUUCCCUGUGUGUUGUCUUGUAUUAGGUCACUUGAAAUUAUUCAUUUUGAGAUACA